AUGCGUGACUACGAUGCGGCCACCGCCUUCCUGGGCGAGUGGGGCCGCUUCCAACGCCUCGUUUUCUUCCUCCUCAGCGCCAGCAUCAUCCCCAACGGCUUCAACGGGAUGUCGGCCGUGUUCCUGGCCGGGACCCCCGAGCACCACUGCGCCGUGCCCCCCGAGGCCAACCUGAGCGCCGAGUGGCUUAAUGCCAGCAUCCCGCUGGAGACGCAGGGCGGGCAGGCGGCUCCGAGCCACUGCCGCCGCUACCGCCUGGCCGCGCUCCGCAACUUCUCGGCGCUGGGGCUCCGGCCGGGCUCCGACGUGGAGCUGAGCUCGCUGGAGCAGGAGCCGUGCCUGGACGGCUGGGAGUACAGCCGCGACGUCUACCACUCCACCAUUGUCACCCAGUGGAACCUGGUGUGUGAGGAUGACUGGAAGGCCCCACUGACCACCUCCCUCUUCUUCGUGGGGGUCCUCAUCGGCUCCUUCAUCUCGGGGCAGCUCUCAGACAGGUUUGGCAGGAAGAACAUCCUUUUCUUGACCAUGGCUGUGCAGACUGGCUUCAGCUUCCUGCAGAUCUUCUCCACCAGCUGGGAGAUGUUCACAGUGCUCUUUGUCAUAGUGGGGAUGGGACAGAUCUCCAACUACGUGGUGGCCUUCAUACUGGGCACAGAAAUUCUGGGCAAAUCAGUUCGUAUUCUGUUCGCUACCUUAGGAGUUUGCAUAUUUUUUGCAAUUGGCUACAUGUUGCUGCCACUGUUUGCUUACUUCAUCAGAGACUGGCGGAUGCUGCUGCUGGCGCUCACCGUCCCGGGGCUGUUCUGCGUCCCGCUCUGGUGGAUCAUUCCUGAAUCUCCUCGGUGGCUGCUCUCCCAGGGAAGAUAUGAGGAGGCAGAAGCAAUUAUCCGAAAGGCUGCAAAAAUAAAUGGUGUCCCUGUCCCAGCUGUGCUUUUUGACACCACAGAGAUGCAGGAUUCGAAGGCUGAGCAGCAGCAGAAGGCUAUCCUUCUGGACCUAUUUCGAACCCGAAACAUUGCAACUAUUACUAUUAUGUCAUUACUUUUGUGGUUCCUCACGUCCGUUGGUUACUUUGGCCUGUCCCUCAGCACUCCAAACUGGCAUGGCAAUGCCUACCUCAACUGUUUCCUCUCAGCUGUCAUUGAAGUUCCAGCUUACGUGAUUGCCUGGCUUCUCCUCCGCUCCUUCCCUCGGCGCUACUCCCUCUCUGGCAUCUUCUUCUUAGGGGGAAGUGUUGUCCUCUUCAUUCAGCUGGUUCCUGCAGAUUUUUAUGUCCUGUCCAUUGGCCUGGUGAUGCUUGGGAAAUUUGGCAUCACAGCUGCAUUUUCAAUGCUUUAUGUCUACAACGUGGAGCUGUACCCAACACUGGUACGGAACAUGGCAGUGGGAGCUACCUCCAUGGCUUCCAGGCUGGGCAGCAUCAUCGCUCCUUACUUUGUGUACCUAGGUGCCUAUGACAGAUUCCUACCAUAUAUCCUGAUGGGAAGCCUGACUGUGCUGAUUGGGAUCCUUACCCUCUUCCUCCCAGAGAGCUAUGGCAAUCCUCUGCCCGAGAGCUUUGAGCAAAUGCUGAAGGUGAAAUGUUUCAGGAAUGGGCAGCAAACUACUGUCAUUAGGAAUUCGAAGGAGAGUCCUAAAAUACUGGCAACCCCCUUGUGAAGAAGGAUGCACACUCUGAGUGGCCAAAAGAAGAACAAGAUCUUCUCAACAAGCAUUUUCUACCAGAAGAAACCAAACCAAACCCAACAGUCAAGUCUACUGCCCCAUAGUUGUUAUCUCCUGUGCUACUGUACCCAAAUACAUAGUUAACUGAACAGAUGCUGUCUGCUCCUGUAGGACUCUUCAUCUGUAAUCCAGUGUGCUGAUACCUGGACUCUGUCAGCAGGCACUGUUGAGAAAUGGGAGCCUGCUUGUGCUGAACAUGAUUGAUUCAAGGAGCAAUCUGGAAGUGAGCCUUAGGAACAAACCAGCCAAGGCCACAGUCAGUCAGGUUCUCAAUGAAAGCUGCUUAAAGAACAAAAAACCCAACAGAGAGCUGAUGGGUUUCUCAUUCUGGGUGUUGACUGGAUGAAGGGGAGCUGAGUGUCUAGCUUGGAAAAUCUCAGCACAUGCCCCUAAAUGAAAGAUCCCAGCCUCCUUUGAAAUCUGUGACCAAAGCCCCAUAGACUGAGUGGGACCACAACUGAGUUGCAGCAAAGCAGAUGUAGACUUCACCGUGGGGAUGUCUUUUAAACAAGACAUCAGAGCAUCUUUUGAUGUUGCUUGCUUUUCCCAGGAGCUGAGAUCCACUUCUCCCUCUAAAAGCUUUUCAUAUAGCCUGAGCCCACUGAAAUCUUUGGGCUUCAUCCAUGUUCAGUGUUUUGGAGGAAGCCCUUAACAUAGACAGGCCUAGAGCUUGCUGACCUUCUGGUGGGCUGUGCCUGCUUGCAAAAGCAACGGGCUUUAGGAAGUCACUGGUCCUAUCUGAAUGUGAUGGGCAGUUUUAGCUUUCAGCUUUUUCAUGGUGUAUUGGCAUAAGUAGUUUUGUAGAUCUUUCUAGGUUGGUUAGUUUGUUUGUUUUUCAAGCCUUUCAUUUCUCCUUUGACUAGCUAUGACGUUGUCCUGUACCAUCAGAGAAAGCUUGCUGCAGUUUCCAAACCCUCUGCAAAACCUUUGUGUAGCAUUUACAGACUGAGAGAGCUCCCAAAAUGCUGAUGUUUUGCACUGGAGAUGUUCACCUGCAGCUUGUCAGAAAACCCUAAAAGGCUUAUUUGGGAGCACAGCUGUAUUAAAACCAAACAAAAGCAAACAAAGCCAAUGUUUUGCUUUCCAAAUCCUGCUUUUCAGGUCUUUAACAGAGCUCCAUUGGGUGUAAACUCAAACAUAGAGCUUAGAGGCGUGCUACUACUGUUUUAUGAACACUACAGAGUCUGAAAACAAACAAAAAAUUAAGUAAAAUACCUUUUAUUUUUCUAUUUAUUGGAUGUGCCUGCACAUCUUGGCCACAUAGAGUCUAUCAGGCCUGGCAGACUGAUUUUUAUCCUCUAUAAGUAACAGCCUAGCCAUGAUUCACCUUCCGUAGGGACCCACAAAAUCACGCUGUCCCAUCCUAGACAUGGGGAGCUCACAGCAAAUUGUCUUGUGCUGGCACUUGGCAGAGGAGUGAGGCAGUCCCAGUAAGCUCAAGCACAAAUAUAAAGCUUUCAGACAUUUAAAUGCAAGGAAUUUGUGCAAUUAUUUCAAGCUGCUCUUUUGGGAUGUGGAAAUACUUGGGUUCCUUUCAUACUCAUUUUCUGCAGGUAUGCUGUUGCCAUAAAUGUCAAGUGGCAUGAAGCAAACCUGUGACCCACCCCCACCCCCGAUGUUCUUCAUCCCUUCUCAAGCCAAAAUUCCACUCAACAGCAACAGUAUUUAAUCUUGGUUUUACUUCUUGCAGAGUUAUCUACAGACUCACUGGUUAAACAGAACUAAAUUUCUCAACCAAACCUGUUUAGCACCAUAGGACUUGUUUGAGGACUUGGUUAAAUACAGAUGGCUGUAUUUUUAUGGAGAUUUUUUUGUAUUAAGUUGAUAUUAAGUUGAUAUUUUACGUGAUCCUGGGCCUGGGUUAUUUCUAAAAGGUAAAUAUUUUUGUACUCUUGAACUUUGUCGUAUCUUAAACCCUCGUUUUCCUUUUUUAAAUAAGAACAAAGUUGUGGGGGUGGGUUGUUUGUUUAAUCCUUGUUUUUAAUCAGUCUCACUUUCCUUGCUUAGACCACCGAUCUCAAAUAGUGACAUAUUUUGAUCUUUUUCGUGGUAGACUAAAAAAAAAAAUAGGGCUUUGACAAAAGUGAAAUGCCUGUCGGGCAAGUAUGUGAUGUUGGCAGGCAGCCUUAGAGUGUCUGAGCCUGGUCAGAAGGUGAGAAAGAGAUUGCUGCAGCUGAUGGACCAUUUGCAAGGACGAUUGCUGCCCUCUGGCAGUUCUCUCUCCCAGGCUUGCAAGGGGAUUUCUGAAGAGACUAAAAGUCUGUGGAAGAAUCAAACACGGAUGAUGAGUCUGGAGUGGCAGUUUGGGUUUUGUAAAGCUGAAGAAGUCAGCACUGCUGUAGUAGCUACUGGCAGAAAUGAGGUGUGUUGCUAGGGAGCUGUUUGAGCCUCUUGUUGCAGUCUUCAGUGAGUGUCCUGUGUCACUCGGUGGGGUGCAGGUGGUGCUCGCACACAGCUGGGAAACAGCAGGAAGGCUCCAACCUGGACACAGAUGGAAGCAUCAUCUGGGUCACUGCAACUGACCAGAGGGACCACUGUGCUGUGCCACCUCUGUCACUUCUGUCACGUUUACUUGGGUCUCUCUGUGCAACCUUUGAUCAUCAGGUGGCUUAAUGGAUCUGCUACAGCAUAGUUGGAGCUGUUGUGAUUGUCACUCAUUAACUUCUG